AUGCGCCUACAGUAUGCGCUCGUAUCGCUGCUGGUCGCGCUAGCAUGCGCUGAACGCAUAGGUGUCCGCGACGGACUGCGCCUUCGUCAAGCACAGCAGAGCGGGACACCUGCUACGACGACGAACAAUGCGCCUUCGACUUCGGCAACAUCCGAUAACACAGAACCAAGCAAUGGACCUACCAGCACAGGAUCAGCGUCACAGGCAGCUACCACAGGCGAUUCGCAUUCGGUAUCUCCAUCGAAAAGCGGCGACGCGACUGUGCCAAUCACCCUGAGCGGAACUACCACUGGCUCUCCAAGUCCGACUGUAACGCUACCUGGGCCUAACAACUCCACCAACGAUGGAGUCACUUUGCCCAUUCAGCCGGCUCUCAAUCCGGCGUUGGGCAUUGCCGGUGUACUUCUUAUGAUUGCUGGCUUGGCCCUGGGCUUUGUCGGAAUCAAGCACAGGGAGACGCAGACGUUCCUUAGCACCGCAUUGGUGGUUGCGCUCUCCAUUGAAGUCCUGGUCGUCUAUCUGAUGCAUCCGCCAGUCCCAGCUGCUAUCCAAGGAGCUUACUUGGUCGCCGGAGUGUGCGGCGGUGCUCUGCUUGGCGGUCUGGCCCUGAUUUUCAAGGAGGUGUCCGAAGGUUUCGGUUGUGUCCUGGGCGGGUUCUGUCUUGCGAUGUGGCUCCUUGUCCUUCGACCAGGGGGGCUGAUCCAGAACAGUACCGGGAAAAUUGUCCUAAUCGCAGUCCUUUGUGCAGCAGGCUAUUGCUCAUACAUCAGUCGCUUUACCCGAGACUACGGGGUUAUCGUUUGUACAUCUUUUGCUGGAGCCACAGCUUUCAUUCUAGGAAUUGAUUGUUUCGGACGGGCGGGCCUGAAAGAAUUCUGGUUGUACAUCUGGGGUAAGUACAGGGAAGCUGACGUUGGGGUUCUACGACUUACGUUCUUGCAGAUUUGAACGACAAUGAGUUUCCCCUGUUUACUGAUACUUACCCCAUCACUCGCAACAUGCGAGUCGAGAUUGCGGCCAUCAUCAUUGUGGCGUUCCUGGGGACAAUGUCGCAGAUCAAGAUCUGGAAGAUUGUCAAGGAGCAGAAAGCCAAGCGAGACGCUCAGCGGAUCCUGGAUGAGGAAGCCAGGGAUGCCCUGGAAGAAGAGGUCGGACGUGACGUCGAGAACCGCAACCGCGAAAGCUUAGCUCACUGGGAAGAGUACCAUGAUGGCAAGAAGCAGCCACAAGUCUCUGUUGAGUCCGGCACCGCCUCGAUCGAUGAGUACAACAACAAAGACUACGAUACGGAGUCGAAAAGUGGAAGUCAAUCGUAUCCACUCGUCAAUGUCCGCUCCGCACAGAGCAAUCAUCGAUCGUCUUCAAGUGUGAACCAGGACAAUCGACGGUACACCCUGCCCAUCGAGCUCGACGAAGAUGGUCGCCCUAUGGAGAACGGUAAUCUGGAGACUGCGAGCCAGGCGGGAACGGCCACCAAUCCCUUUACCAGUCGCGACAACCUGAACGAAGUGGCCGGCCGUGAUAACCUCACCGAUGUGACCAGCUACAAGGGAACCAACGAGGGUGUUGCGGCAACUCUCAAAACGGAACCAGCGAGUCCCGGAUUUCUUUCACAAGAUCCAAUGGCCGCCGUAAAACGACCUGCGAAUGUGAAGCGCCUUUCGAUGAAGUCGCUUCAUGCGAAGCACGCUCUUGAAGCCGCCAACGAGGAGCCGUUCAUCGAGGAAGAAGAUGAGAUUGCAUCAUCAAUUGCUGCCACAGCUGCCGAACCUCCUGAUGCAGAUGCACUGUCGACACGGCUUUCUCGUCCAAAUUCGAUGUAUCUAUCCCAUGGUGCACGGAAUUCGACUGUCACGCUGCAGUUGAACAAUGAAGAGAUCAUCGAAGACGACGAUGAAGAGGCGUUGUAUCCAGCUCCAAAGAGUCCGCGACAUCUUGAUCCGAACAGUCCGGGAACACCCGCAUCGAACGACCGCAAAUCUGAAGCAGGGGACGGCUAUUUCGACGGCGCAGAAAAGUCGGAAUUGGCCGAACGGUUACCGAAACGGAUCUCGAAAGCGGCGACUACCUACAGGACGAACGAGUGGGCGAAAGAAGUCAGUCGUGCAGAACCGGAACCCAUCGAAGAAGAACUGGAGCCUGACGCCGAAGCGGUGCAAAUUGAAAUGGGCAACGCAGCAGAAUCUGCAAGGGCUGACGAGAACAAUGCGGCUCCUGCUCCGCCGCCACCUCCACCACAGCCAAAGAUUGAGCAGAAGGCGGAACAGAAGACGGAGAAGAAGAGGUCGAGCAACCGAUUAUCUCAGCGGAUCUCACGUACUCUCACUCCAGUCUAUUCUCACCAGGCCAAGCCAAGCGACGACAGCUGGUCAAUACCACUGGCGAAGCGCGCAAGCAGCAAUCCAGUCCUCAAUGUGGAAGCCCAGGAGCCACAAGCACCCGCACUGGAGCCCAGUCGCAAUGUCUCAGCACCUGUUCUCGAUCAACGGGUGGUGGAAUCGCCUGUUAACACCACUUUGCCAGACAAGGCGCGACAAGUAUCGCAGCUGAUGCGUAGACAGAGCAAUCUGCUGGACGAGAGGAGAGACAGGCUGGACAAUCGACUCACAACGACAUCCUUCAUGACACCUAGCGCAUCUACUCCCCCUCUCCUAGAAGAAGACUUAACCAGAGGAGGCGAGAGCAGCCAGGAAGGCAGCCAAGCAGACCACGCCUCGUCCUCGGGCAAGAACGAAGAGGACAUGACGCUCGCGCAACGCAAAGCUCUUGUCCAACAACAGCAACAAGUCAUGCAAGAAGGGGAAGACACCAUCCGUCCCAUGAACUCCAGACACGUCUCGCAAACUAUCUCCCACUUGAAUAUGCCCACCCCAGCAGCCUCGCCUCCACCACCCUUCCAACGUUCUCCCAGCGGCCUCAGCAUGACAAAACCCAUACGCAUGUCCUCCGCAGGACCAAGCAAGCCAAUCUACGACUCCCACCAACCACAUCGCACUUCCUCCCACAACGCAAACAAACAAGCCCAGAACUGGAGCAUGUGGCGAUCUUCCAACGCCGUCGCGAAUACUUCCCGCCAACCAAUUUUGUAUUCGGAUUCGCAGAUGGAGAUGCUCCGCGCUGCUCGCAUGCAGCGUGAGAAUGAAGCCCGUGCCAAAGAGGAACAGAAGAGGGCGAAGCAGGAACAGAUUGAUGCGCAUAUGCGCAUGGGCGGCAUGAAUGAUGCGCAUCGGGCUGCUAUUGCUAGGAUGCAGGGAGAAGCUAACAAGAAGGCUCUCUGA